UUUCCCAUAAUGAAAAUGGACGUUGAAAAAAUUUUCCGCAUGAAAGGUGGGGUGGGGAAGACUAGCUAUUCCAAAAAUUCUUCUCUACAGAAGAAGGCUUCUGAUAAGGUGAAAUACAUAACCCUGGAGACCAUCGAACAAGUUUAUCUGACCGCAAAACCAAAGAGCUUAGGCAUAGCUGACUUGGGUUGCUCCUCAGGACCCAACACAUUGUCAAACAUUAGAGAAAUAGUGGAUGCAAUUGAAGAGAUCAGUCGCAGAACCUUGCAACCAGCACCUGAAUUUCGAGUGUACCUAAAUGAUCUUCCCACCAAUGACUUUAAUGCUAUAUUCCAGGCCUUACCAGAUUUCUAUGGUGGCCUCAAGAAUGGAAGAAGCAAUCAGGGGGCGCCUCCGUCUAUAUACAUAGCUGGUUAUCCUGGAACAUUUUAUGGAAGACUUUUCCCUGAUAACUGCUUGCACUUCAUAUAUUCCUCCUACAGUUUGCACUGGCUAUCCAAGGUUCCUCAGGGUCUUUAUGAUGAGACAUGCAGAUCAAUCAACAAAGGCAGCAUAUAUAUUUCUGAUAACAGUCCUCCAGAGGUGCCCAAAGCAUACUCCAAACAGUUCCAGGAAGAUUUCUCACUGUUCUUGCAUUCAAGGUCAAAGGAGCUUGUUAGUGGAGGUGGGAUGGUGCUGAUUUUGUUGGCAAGGAAAGGUCCUAAUCAUAUUGAUAGAGGAAAUUCAUUCUUCUGGGAAAUUCUCUACAGAUCUUUAGCCUCUUUGGUUCGCAAGGGAGAUGUUGAGGAGGAAAAACUGGAUUCAUAUGAUGUUCAUUUUUAUGCGCCAUCCAAGGAGGAAUUGGAAGAUUUGAUUAAAAAGGAGGGGUCCCUGAAAUUGGAAGGGGUUGAAAUGUUUGAAAUUGAGAAAGAUGUUUGUGAUGGUGGCGCUACAAGCUAUGGAACAAGGGUUGCUAUGACUGUUAGGGCUAUUCAGGAAUCAAUGAUCGCCCACCAUUUUGGUGAUGCAAUCGUUGAUGAUUUGUUUGAUAUAUAUGGAAGAAUGGUUGAUGAAGAAAUGGCCAAAGAAGAUAUUAGGCCUAUGACUUCAGUUGUUGUCCUUCGAAAACUAUGACAGGAAGUUUGUGCCGAAAUUAAUGAAUCCAGUCAGGCCUGAUAUAAGUAAUGUUAAAAAGUAGUGUAAUGUUUGUGUAGUUUAAGUUUUGGAAAUUGUAUAUGAAU